AUGUCAAGGUUUAAUAUGUUAAAUUUGAGUGCGGUUGGUGUUGCAAUAGUUGCGGGUAUAUAUGGUGGUACGAAAUUUUUUGAACCAAUUGUUAUUGAACAAUUGAGUAAAGAUGGAAAUUUGCGUAAAGAUAUCGAAAUACCUAAAUAUGACAAUGAAGGUAAUCCUAUUGAGCCUAAAUCUGUGUUGAAUUUAAGGAAAGAGUUCGAAAAUAUUCAAAAAGAACAGUCAUUACAAAGAGGGUUACAAGAACAGCAACCAACGAUUGAAAAGGAUAGCAGUAUAUUUGAUUCUUCAAUUGAUAAAUGA